AUGGAUAGGAUAAGUCAGUUACCUGAUGCACUACUCUUGAAAAAACUGUCGUCACUGCCUAGUGCUAAAGAUGUCGUGGCCACAAUGGUUUUGUCGAAACGAUGGCAGUUUCUGUGGAUGUUGGUGCCAAAGCUCGUAUUCGACGAUAAAUAUCAGAAUCCCGAAUAUGAGCAAUUCUCACGGUUUGUAGACAGAUCAUUGUUUCUGCACGAGGCUCCAGUUAUAGAAACUUUGCAUUUCAAACUUGGUAAAACCUGUGGUAGUGGAGAUAUUCGAGUUUGGAUUAAAGCUGCGGAUAAAUGCUGUGUGCGUGAGCUGAUUAUCGAGAUUUAUAGUAGUAAAACUCCAGUCACAAUUCCAAGGAGCUUGUAUAGCGGUGGAUGUAGAAUGCUUGUGACAUUGAAACUAAGUAAUGCAAUGCUUUUGGAUGCUGCAUCCUCGCCUUUUUUCCCAUCCCUCAAGAAUUUGAGUCUUGUAUCCAUCAAGUAUCCAGGUGAUGAAUUUGUCAAGAUGCUUUUUUCCAACUGUCCUGUUCUUGAAGGGUUAGUUGUGAAACGAUGUCUCAGUGACAAUGUGACUAUUUUCACUGUUAGAGGAGGGCUUUGUCUAAAGAGUUUAGUCUUGCAUAGUUUUGAAGCAGCUAAGAUGAAGGUAGACUGUGGGUUUUGGAUAGAUGCUCAGUCUUUGGAGAGCUUGGACAUUGUUGAUUAUUCGUGUGGGUUUUGUGGCAUUGAGAAUAACAUGUCCAAGAUUGUCAAGGCAGAUGUUUGCCUUUCUUUUGCUGGUACUGAGCAUCUCUUGGGUCUUAUUUCUUCUGUCAAGCAUCUCUAUUUAUGUCUACCAUCCUCAAAAUCAAAGAAUGCAUAUCCUGUUGGUAAUGUCUUCCACUGUCUUGUACGUUUAACGAUAUGCACCUGUGAGAUAGAGUGGUUGAAUCUACUAAUGUGUGUCCUCUGAGAUUCCCCUAAAUUACGAGCUCUCAAACUCCAACAGUGCCAUCCACUUCGAGAUAAUGAACCGCGCCCUAGCUGGAAUGAACCGAGUGCAGUCCCUGAAUGUGUGUUAACGAGUCUUGAAACUCUUGAAUGGGUAGAAUAUGAAGACACUGAAGAAGAGAGAGAGCUUGCAGCAUUUCUCCUUAGAAGUGCAAACUAUUUAAAGAAAGUAACCAUCUCCUCUAAAUCCACUGACCGCGACGAGAAAUUUGAGAUGAUCAAGGAGUUGUCAUUUUUGUCAAGGCGUUCACCCACCUGUCAUCUUACGUUUGCUUAA